UGGACAAACUUGAUAAUUGAUUCUGGAUUAAACUAGCCGAUUGAGAACCACGGAAAAUAUUCAUAUAUAUAUAGAAAAAAGCAUAGCCCUUGUUCUGAAUUAGUAACGAAGAAUGGAAGACAUUAAGGUGCUAGGGUUCUGGUCAAGCCCUUAUGUCCACCGAGUGAUAUGGGCUCUGAAGCUGAAGGGCAUCAGCUAUGAGUACAUAGAAGUGGAGAGGCAUGGCAAAAGUCAACUAUUGCUCCAAUCCAAUCCUGUUUACAAUAAGGUCCCUGUUCUUAUUCAUGGAGGCAAAUCCAUUGCAGAAUCCAUGGUCAUUCUUCAAUAUAUUGAAGAUACCUGGCCUCACAAUCCCUUGCUUCCUCAAGAUCCCUAUGAGAGAGCCUUAGCCAGAUUUUGGAUCAAAUUUGGAGAAGAUUCGACAGCUUCUAUUACUGAUCUGUUUAUGAGACCCUCAAAGAAUGAAGAAGAGAGGGCAAUUGCAAUUGAGAAAGCAAAAGAAAUUCUGAAGGUAAUGGAAGAGAAAGGACUAGGGGACAAGAAGUUCUUUGGAGGCAACAAUAUUGGAAUGGUGGACAUAGCUUAUGGAUUGCUUUGUCAUUGGUUAGAAGGGUUGGAGGAAAUUACAGGGUUGAAACUAAUUGAUCCAAGCCAAUUCCCUCGGUUGCAUGCAUGGACUCAAAAUUUCAAGCAAGUUCCUCUGAUUAAGGAAAACCUUCCUGAUUAUGAAAAACUCUUGGUCCAUCUUCAAUGGCGUAGACAGCAAUACAUGUAACAUUAAAAAUAACAAUGUCAUAUGAUUGUUAACCUUGUGUUUUAA